CUUGGUGGGUUUUCAGCAGUGCGUCUCCUCAGCGCAUCUUGCGGCCACUUUCGGUAAGCAGCGCCUUCUGGGUUUGAGCGCAUUUACCUCUGCCGAAAACACGUCAACCACUGCAGCAGCAGCAGCACUGCACGGAGACAGCAGCAGGCCUACGAGGAGCCACAGGGAAGCUUGUCAGCUACAGACUUGCUCAUUCUUAAUUAUCUCCAUGGCUGCUGAUGAGACCCGACAGGAGCCGGACCUGCUCGAAAUGCGCCAAUUAUCUGCAAAGGACGGAUGUGCGUUCGUGUGUGUACAGAGCAAUAUGUCCAGUUGAAAGCAAAGGCAGCUGAUUAAUACGGAGUCGCUUAACUGUGAUUGUCAGUAGUUAAAAUAAAAGGACGUGCGUUGUCUGCUCUUUACGUAACCUUUUCUGCGUAAUUUUGCACCGGGUAUGCCGCGUGGACCAAGAUUAUUUUGGCGAGGAUAUCUGUAGUGCUCUCCCCUCCUCCCUGCAUCCGUUGUUGUCCUCAGCAGCAGACACUCAUUCAGACGGGGACUAUUUGUCUGGAGCAACAUUAUAAACAGACGAGGAGCUGUUUUAAUGAAAUCCAACAUCGCUGUAUCCAGGUCGAAGAGAGAUAAGGAGAGCGAGGGAGAGAGAGAGGGAAAUGGGAAAAGGAAGAAAAUCAAUGCAUUUCUUCCAGGACUGUGAACGCACAUGGGUUAGUCCUUCAAUCAGCAAUGCCUUGGAAUCCUCCAGCUGCUCUUCCAUGCUGUUUUCUGAGAAUGGGAUCGUAGUAAACCUCUCUGGGAUUUAGAUCAACUGCUAGCAUGUUGCAUUCUUCCACCACAACAGGUGACAGCCUGUUGGAAACAUUACCUCAUUGGAGUAAGCGUCCGAAAUGGGUCCUUUCCCUCACCCUCUGCAUGGCUCUUCUCUGGCUUCCAGGGGCAGCAGCAUCCACCUUAAACUGCCAUAAGACAUGCAUCUGCGCCUCAAACAUAGUGAGCUGCUCCAAGAUGAAUCUGACCACCAUCCCAUCAGGUCUACCGCUCUACACUGCUGUGCUGGAUCUCAGCUACAAUGAGAUAGUGCGGCUGCGAUCUGAAUGGACCCCAGUCAAGCUCCUGAAGCUCCAUAACCUCCUCCUCAGCCAUAAUGGUCUCCAAUUCCUGUCUUCAGAGGCGUUCCUAUAUGUGAAGCACCUGCGCUACUUAGACCUGUCCUCCAACAACUUGCGACUGCUGGACGAGUUCAUCUUUGAGCCCUUGGUCAACUUGGAGGUCCUCUUGCUGUACAAUAACCACAUUUCCCAGAUUGACCGUUCAGCCUUUAUCGGCAUGAUCAACCUUCAGAAGCUCUACCUUAGCCAGAACCAAAUCUCCCGUUUCCCAUUGGAGCUGGUCAAGGAAAAGUCCCGUCUGGAGAAGCUUAGUCUCCUGGAUGUGUCCUCCAACAAGAUCAAGAUAUUACCCAUCCAUGAGCUCCAGGUGCUGCCUGCAUGGAUUAAAAAUGGCCUCUACUUCCACAAUAACCCUCUGCUGUGUCACUGUGAUCUCUACACUCUCCUCGCCCAUUGGUACAUUCGAAAGCUCAACUCCGCUGUGGACUUCAAAGGCGACUACACGUGUAUUCUGCCUGGCCCACAAAAAACCCAAGUAGGUGUUUUUGAUCUCAGCGUUGACCAUAUGAACUGCAGCACAUUCAAGGAGGCAGAUGAAGAGGCUUUUCUGGAGCAGAGGCUGAUCCUUAGCUGUGACACCAAACACAGGAACAUGUUAAAGACCUGGAUGAUGCCUGGGAAUGUGGUGGUGACACCUGGAAGCAACCAGACAGCCAAAGUCUUGCCAGAUGGGAGUUUGCAGAUUAGUUCGAUCAGAAAUGAUGACUCCGGAACCUACACUUGCUUUGCAACGAGCGAGGGCUUCAAUGAAACGAUCUAUGUGGUGCUGAAGGUUCACAACUUCACCAUGAAUGGGGGCGGAGAGACCCUAAACACAGCAUACACCACCUUGGUGGGCUGUCUGGCCAGUGUGGUGCUGGUGCUCAUGUAUCUUUACCUGACACCAUGUCGCUGCUUCUGCUGCCCCAAUAAAGGUAAGGCUCGGGGUGAGGACAGCAUCCAUUCGUCCAUGCUCAGCGUGACACCGACCCACGAUGACCCAGCGCUCAAGGCCGAGCUGAACAGGCACGUGGCGUUUAUAGACUCCAAGGAAUUGCAGGGCCAGAACGGCAAGCUGAACCCCAAUGGGGAUGAGGAUGAUGAUGAUCUGGAUGCAGAGGCUGGUUCUCUUAUGAAGGGAAAGAGAAAGAAGUCAGUAGCAGAGUCCAUCAGCUCCGUCUUUUCAGACACUCCCAUGGUGGUCUGAGAUGAGACCGCAAAGAGGAUGGAUGCCACACGACAGGAUGUAAAUGGUACGUGAGCCAUUGUUAUAGUUAAUGCAAACUGUGAUUGUGACCUUUUGGGAGGAAACAGAGGAGGGAUGUUCAUCUGUAGUUGCUGGCAAGUGGAAAUAACGAUCUCAAAGAGAGUACAAAAACAAACUGUCUUGUUGCCGAGAAGGACAAUAAGCAGGACUUUUCCAGCAUUUUAAUCUGUAGCACUUAAUAUUCAUACUGUGAAGGAACGGCAGUGUACAUGAACAGUGGAAACUACUCAAAGUCUUAUGAGAGCAAAACGUAGAUGAUAUAUUGUUGAUAUCAGCACUCAGGAUGUGAUCCAUUAAACUGCUAAAGUGUGGGGAAAUAGCAUAUGAUACAAUGCACAGGUUUAAAUUAGAUUUGACUCAUAAGUAUAUUUAUUACAAGGACUAGAAUAGAUUGCAUCUUACCUACAACAUUAGAGCAUAAAUACAUUUACCCAUCCUCUAUCAACACAGGGACAGAGACGGCCGCCAUCACAAGGCUAUGAAUUCAUCUGUUGUUAACCUUGGGACACUAUAGAGAAACAGCAUGCCAUAAACCCACAUUAUACGAGGCUGAUCUGUACUGAUCUUUUAAGUGGGAUAAAAAAAAUGUGUAUUCAUCAGACGUUUAGUCAUUGAGAAAGCAGUAGCACAAACAUUAUAUUAAGAGGCCAUCGCAGGUCAUUUCCAUCCUACUUCAUGGCUGAUACUUAGUUACACUCAUAUAGGUCAUCAGACCAAUCUCUUUUUGUAUUCAGAGUCAUAUGUGUAGCGAUACAGGAGAAAGCUAUAGGGAUCAAUGUACAAAGAGGUAUGGUAUAUAAAAUAGUUAACAAGCUCGAGGCAGAACAUUGCUUAUAUAUGAAUUGUAUAUCAAAAUAGUUGCCUCUUAGUUCUUGCACAGUAUGACCCAAAAGAAGGCUUACACAAUUAAAAACAUGUAACUCCUCCAGCAGAUACACAUUAGAUGCAGGGAAGUAUUUUGUCUUGACUGGUUAUCAACAUAUUGUCUCAAUUUUGUAUAGACAGAUACCAUCGUCCUUACAAGGACUAAUAGACUGAGGUACUGCAGAGUUUGACUCAUCCUAUUGGCAAAGUUAGGAUAGUUAGCAUUUGUUUCUCUCAGUCACACUAGCAGGAAGUUAAAUACCAAGCUAAAAGCUGCCAGCUCAAGUUUGUUUCUUUUUCUUUCCUGUAUGUAAAUUGGGCACCUUACACAAAAUCCCGAAAUAUUUUAAUGUGCAUUGCUCAAAUAAAACAUAAACCUUGGUGUAUUCAUAUGUCAUAAAUUAUGUCGUAGAUUUAAGUAUAUGAUUUUUGCAUUUUGCUCAGAUAGACAAUAAUUUAACAAGUGUCGCACUGGUUUGCCCUGUGGUAGUAAAAGCUGUACAUUGUAUUAGCAGGUAAACAUUAGUGUGCCACCUAAUAUAACCUACAGGGUUCUUCCAAACGACUAUGAGUAAUGCUGAUGAGGCUGCACAUUAUUUGACAGUAGAGAGCUGGUUUUAUAGUUUGUAGCUACUGACAGGAAACCUAAUGUAACACAUUGUGAUAUUCUGAAGAUGCAAUUAUAUUAUGGAUUACAAUUACAAUUUAAUCUAUUGUGAAUUUCCCGUGCAAGACACCUCAGAUGCUGUGCAUAUUUCAUUAACAAGGUUUAAAACAGACAUUAACAAGAAAGAGUGAUUUCAUUAAACUGUGCAGUGUUUGUGUCAUAAUGUAAAAAGGCUAGCCCUGCGUAAAUGCUAAUUGCAUCUUUUGAUGGGAUGCAGCUUCCCUCUGUUCUCCAUGUCUUUGUCUCUCUGAGCAGAAGGGGAUAGGUGUGUUAUCACGAGUCACAGCAACACAAAGCCAUUCUCUUUGGCUCCCUGUACAAUGACAGCCUCAAUUCAGCCCAGAUGUAUUUGCUUUACCUCUGUCAUUACGAGGCUGCCCUGACUUAAAAGCAAUCAUUCAACCAAGCAAUGAAUAAGUAGUCUCUAAUUUGUUUAUGAGUGUAUGCAUAUUUAACGCCUGGAGCUUUCAUUGAACAUUUGCUCUCCCACCAUGAUUGGAAAAUAUAAUAUAAGAAGAAUAAGAAUUAUUUUUCAAAUUUAUUGCUGAAUGCUUUUUAGUUUUCCACUUCAACACCACAGUACAUAUUAGAACAGAUAGGUAUGUAGAAUCACAUACAUCUUACAAUUAAAUAUCAGUAUAGCUCUCAAAUGUGAAGAUAUAUACAUUUCUAAACGCAAUAGGUUUCUACGCAAAAUUUAUGUUAUAUUCACAGUGUUAUAUACGCAGUGUGCAACGCAACAUAUUCUGUGUGUGGGUGAAAAAGGAAGUCACACUUAUCAGAGAGGUGCUGUGUGAAUCAUUCCACUCUCUCACGCAUAGGAAUACCAGGUGGAAAAAUAGCAAAAACACCACAAGACGCAUUCAAAUAAAGCCACAUUUAGCACUACUGCUGACUGGCUGCAAUCGGCGAAGAAUCUAUCCCAUUUUUAGGGAUGCAGCCCCUAAAUGUUGCCCUUGAGAAUUGAAAUAUACUGUACGUGCUGUUCCCUGCUUUCUCAUCAUGGGAUCAGUCUAAUACCUCUCAGAUUUCAAGCCCUGGCCACUCAAGGCAGCAUGAGAAGCUACGAAAUGCCACAUCACAGAAUCUGGCUAAAAACUAAAAUCAUACACAUAUAUUACGGCUGUUUUAUAGCACACAUUGAACUGCCAAACUAUCAAGGAAUAGCAUGUGUUUGCCCCCCAUUACCCCAGUGUAAAUCAAGAUAAAUCUGCCGUGGUCUUCUCCUCUAAGUUUUCUCUCAAAAAACUGUACACGUUGCAGUUCUGUACAGAGAAAAACUAAGUGCACUGCGAAGGUCCUAACAUAGAGAAGAUUGGCUUUGUUCUCUCCAAAGCAAAUCUGCCUUCCUAUAUAUAUCUAUAUAUACAGUAUAUGCAUAUGUAUUAAGACUCACUUUUCUGUGUUCAGUAUUGAUAAAUUGUGUACUGCUAUGUUCUACCAGUGUACUAACUGUAUUCUUGUAUAAUCUGAUGUUGUUGAUCAUUUUGCAUUUUGUCUGCCACUGUGCUACUGUUAGUUGUUUCAACAUUCAAGUCUUGACCAUAAAUGUUUAUUUUUUAAGCGGGGUGGGGUUUAGUUUUUUUAUUGACAUAUGAUGUAUUUUACACUUGACUCUGCUGAACAACAUGGUUAAACACAAAAUAUAUAUUGAGCAUGUAUGAAAAACUGCACAGGAGGAGUGCCAGUUUUGAAAUAUUUGAUACAUCCUAAUGGGCAGUAAGUAUGUAGCCACCAGUUAUUUUCAGUCAGUGUCAUAAAGCCACAAGGAAUUCAACAAGAAAGCACAGUGCUUAAUCAGAUUGGUGGCUAUUUCAGGUGAUGUAUGGAGUCAAAGGUGAGUUCUCAAAUGGAUAACAUUACAACAAUUAAAGCAAGAACUUUUCUGUCUACAAGAAAUGUCGAAGAAUAUUUUAUAAAAGCCAGGAAUGUAGGGAAAUUAAGAGAUCCACACCAAUGAAUUCCUGAUACACAAUGGGGUUUUGAAUGGAUUUGAAGUCAGAGGGUAAAUAAAUCUCAGGACUAUGUCAGUUUUAAUGUAAUACGAUACACAAAUGUUUUGACAUUUGCAGCAUCAAUAAGACUUUGGUUUGAGAUCUGUGCAGUUCACAGGCCAGUUGCCAUUUGCAUGAAUUGUACAUUAACUGUUAUCUUAAUGAUCAGUUCUCACAGAUUCAGGAAGGGAGUGUUCUCUGCCUGAAAUACACCCAUCUACGUUCAUCUAUGUAGUGGAAAUUACGGAAACAUCCCUGAGGUGGUCAGGCUAAAAGCUUGCUGCUUUAACAGUGUCCACAGAACAAUAAUGGAGAUUUUAACAGCAUUAAAAGCACUGAGUUCAUUGACCACGGCUUCAUAGAUGAGCUGGUUGGUCACUGCCAUAAAAUCAGAAAGGUCUUGCAGCUAGAGUGGAAUGGCUUUGCAUGGUUCGCUUAAGAGCUUCUCUGACUGCAGGUUAGUAGGCAUUAAAGAUAAAGAAUUGCUGAUCAUUUGACUUAAUAAAAAGAUGAACAUUUA